GCAGGGCACAGAGCCGGGCUGAGCCGCCACCGGCGCCACGCGAGACCCGUAGCCGCCGCGCCCGGGGUAUGGGCCGGGGGCACUGAGGCCGCCACGGCCGAGCGCAGAGGUGGGACCCGGCCAGUGCCUUGCCCUCGCGCCGCGCCAACAUGCCUCGCGGCUUCCUGGUGAAGCGCAGCAAGAAGUCCACUCCCGUGUCCUACCGCGUUCGCGGCUGCGAGGACGGCGACCGCGCGCUGCUGCUCUCGCCGGGAUGCGGGGGCGCCCACUCCGAGCCCCCGGCGCCGAGCCCGGGGCCCGGGCCGCUGCCGCGGCCGCCGCCGGCCGAGCGCGCCCAAGCGGCCCUCGCCGCCGCGCUCGUCUGCGCGCCGGGCCCGCUACCGCCCCAGCCGGGCCCGCGGGCCGCUCACUUCGGCAACCCCGAGGCCGCGCACCCCGCGCCGCUCUACAGCCCCACGCGGCCCGUGAGCCGCGAGCACGAGAAGCACAAGUACUUCGAGCGCAGCUUCAACCUCGGCUCACCGGUCUCAGCCGAGUCCUUCCCCACGCCCGCCGCGCUGCUCGGAGGUGGCGGUGGUGGCGCGAACGGCGCGGGCGGCGGCGGCGGCACCUGCAGCGGCGACCCGCUGUUCUUUGCGCCCGCCGACCUCAAGAUGGGCACGGCGUUCUCAGCGGGCGCCGAGGCGACCCGCGGCCCGGUGCCCGGCCCCCCGCUGCCCCCCGCCGCCUCCCUGAGGCCCCCGGGCAAGCGGCCCCCGCCCCCAGCCGCCGCCGCCGAGCCUCCCGCCAAGGUAGCCAAGGCUCCCGGCGCCAAGAAGCCCAAAGCCAUCCGCAAGCUCCACUUCGAGGACGAGGUGACCACGUCGCCGGUGCUGGGGCUCAAGAUCAAGGAGGGCCCGGUGGAGGCGCCGCGGGGCCGCGCGGGGGACGCGGCGCGGCCGCUGGGCGAGUUCAUCUGCCAGCUCUGCAAGGAGGAGUACGCCGACCCGUUCGCGCUGGCGCAGCACAAGUGCUCGCGCAUCGUGCGAGUGGAGUACCGCUGUCCCGAGUGCGCCAAGGUCUUCAGCUGCCCGGCCAACCUGGCCUCGCAUCGCCGCUGGCACAAGCCGCGCCCGGCACCCGCCGCCGCCCGAGUGUCGGAGCCCGAACCCGCUGCCAGGGCUGAGGCGCGGGAAGCGACGGGUGGCAGCAGCGACCGCGACACGCCCAGCCCCGGUGGCGUCUCGGAGUCGGGCUCGGAAGACGGGCUCUACGAGUGCCACCACUGCGCCAAGAAGUUCCGCCGCCAGGCCUAUCUGCGCAAGCACCUGCUGGCGCACCACCAGGCACUGCAGGCCAAGGGCACGCCGCCCGCGCCCCCGCCGGAGGACCUACUGGCCUUGUACCCGGGGCCCAAGGAGAAGGCGCCGCAGGAGGCGGCCGGCGACGGCGAGGCGGCCGGCGUGCUGGGCCUGAGCGCCUCAGCCGAGUGCCACCUGUGCCCAGUGUGCGGGGAGACGUUCCCCGGCAAGGGCGCCCAGGAGCGCCACCUGCGCCUGCUGCACGCCGCCCAGGUGUUCCCCUGCAAGUACUGCCCCGCCACCUUCUACAGCUCGCCCGGCCUCACGCGGCACAUCAACAAGUGCCACCCGUCCGAGAACAGACAGGUGAUCCUCCUGCAGGUGCCCGUGCGCCCGGCCUGCUAGAGCGCGCCCGUCAUCCCGGCCCUCCAAACUGUGCCUUCGCUGGAGACCCACGAAGAGAGCGCGCCCUGCGCGCCCCAAACCCGCGUCCGCGCCAGGGGCGCCCACCCCCCGGUGAAAGUGUUGUCUCCGCUUCUCUCGAUGUGGCGUGAUGGUAACCCCAAUGCUGUCAUUGUGACUCCCUUUGGAGCCCCCUUUUGCGUUGUGUCCCUUUCCCCCCUUGGCGCAACAGGAGCCAGUCGCUCUGUACAAGGGAGAAAAGCUGUGCGCGUUUGUCUCGUGGUUGGAAGCCUCCCUCGGAGGGGAGAGCGGUUUUUCUUGCUAGUAUUCGCUGUGUUCAUGGUCUAGAAAUGCGGUUUGCUCUCGCCUACCAACUUCUGCUCUCUAUGUAUGUAGCGUACGGGUUGUUUUGGGUGAAUCUUGAGGAAUAAAUGCCUUUAUAUUUCACAGGCUGUAAAUUGAACUUCCCACACGAUUAGCUUUAUUAUGGCUUGUGAACUGCUGGAGUUUGGCUUUACCUUUUUGUAUGUGAACAAAUCAAAUUGCUUAAGAAAAAGUUUUCUUUAGUAUAGCCACAAAUGCCUUGAAUUGUUGUCUGGGAUUGUUUUUUGGGGGCGGGGAGGGAAGGGAAUUUUCAGAAGAUGCUGUAGAAACUGCCUCAAUAUUUCACGUGAGACGUUUUGGUUUGAUCGCCUUUGUUGCUUGAGGUAGGACUGAGUUCCCUCUAAAUGUAUAUGUUGAUUUAUGAGUAAUUGUUAUUUAUUCUUUAUUUAUUUAUAUUAAUUAUGAAGAUUGAGAUAUUAUUUUGCUUGCAGAUCUUUUUUUUUUUUCUUGGUGUGUGUUUCCCCCCUUGCCACUCUCGACAUUUCACUGUGCAUUUUACAAGAGAGCCUUUUUCUAAAGGGAUCUGCUAAAAGUUUUAACUUUUAUACCUAACGGAGCGAAUUACAGACAACCUUCCAUUUUGUUCUGCUUGGGGGGCCCCUGAGGCCCUUGUACAACCAACAGCUCUUACUUUUAAAUGCAAUCUCUUUUCUACAUAACAUUAUUUUCUUAAUUGUUAGCUAUUUAUAGACAGCUUCAAUAGAACUGUUUCAACUGUAUAACUAUUUACUAUUCAA